AUGCUGCUGAUCCUAAGGCCAUUGCCUUUCCUUCACUUCUUUACUUACUCUCUCUCCCUCUCUAGGAAAGAUGAUGUGAAUCUAUUUUUCCUUUCUUUUCUUUGCCAUCUGCCCCGAACGGAACUCCUCCUCCUCCUCCUCCUUCUUCUUCUUCUUCUUCUUUUCUUUCUUUCUUUCUUUCUUUUCUUCUUCUUUCUUUCUUCUUCUUCUUUCUUUCUUUUCUUCUUUCUUUUCUUCUUUCUAUUCUUCUUCUUUCUUUCUUUUCUUCUUCUUCUUUCUUUGUUGUUGUUGUUGUAUCCGUUCACUUUCUGUUCUUAUUUUGCACUCUCUUCUCUUGAUUGCACAUUUAAAGAUGACUUCUGUGACUGGAAUCAAACAGUUAAACAGUGUUCUUGGAUGUUGAGCUCCUUCUGUCCUGACCUGGUUCAUGACAUUUUCGGCUGUAUGGAGAUUAUGCCAAGAAUUCUCGCCCAGCUUUCUCAAAACAGAAAUUCACGGUUCGAAAAAAGUAUCAAUCCACCUGUGUGUGAAUAUCUAUCUAUCUAUCUAUCUAUCUAUCAUUUUUGCAUAUCGCUGAAUCUAUAUAACCGAUUUAUUCCUAUCUAUCUAUCUAUCUAUCUAUCUAUCUAUCUAUCUAUCUCAGUUUGUUUAUAUCUAUCUAUCUAUCUAUCUAUCCACAUAUGUUGCAUUUAUGUCACCGACAACAGCGGUACGAAUUGCUCUAGGGUUGGUCUGACAGCCGGUCUUGGAAGCCCGGGCAUACGGGGGAUUUGCUUUGAAUAUUUUAUGUUCGGCGGUGGCGGGGGCACCCUGCUGGUCAAAGACAACUCGGGAAAGACACUGUGGUCAUAUUCCGACCCACUCGAACAUCAUUGGCGCCCAGUUCAAAAUAAACUUGACAGCUAUAAAUUUCUCUUUGUCUCUCUUUCUCUCUGUUUCUGCCUUUCUUUCUCUGUCUGCCUGUCUAUCUCCCUCCCUCCCCCUCUCUUUGUCUGUCUCUUUCUCUUCGAUGAAUUCACUCCAUGUCCCGCUGACGCAGCCGAUACCACCGCGGAUAUUGCCACCUCUAUCGAUGAAUUCACUCCAUGUCCCGCUGACGCAGCCGAUACCACCAUGGCGGAUAUUGCCACCUCCAGUUUGUCUACAAUGCAGGAUCUCUCGGAUAGUUCGCCUACAACAUCUAUUAAAACCACUGAUUGGUUGGAAACAACGGUUAGAACUACAAGUGAGACAUCAAAGACAAGUCUGGCGGAUGUAUACAAGCCGACGCAUGCGCAAACCGAAGUGAAUCAGAUGACAGAAACACAUCCAACAAUUCAGACGUCAAGAGAAACGGGCAGCUAUCCGCCAUCACCCGACCAAUUUGUUUCUGUUCUCCCGAGUCCGACACCGAAAAUGAGUGAUCAUAUGUCUACCUCUUCGCUGGCUGCAAUUAUAACAGGGGUCAUUUGUUUUAUCAUUCUGGUUGUUAUUGUCACCAUAGUUACCGUGAAGCGGUUAAAAGGAAAGACCUUGUCUUGUCACGUAAGCACUUCGUUACAUAUAAAUCCGUUGUUCACAGCCGAAUGA